ACAAGACUGGUCUCACAUCACAGCCAUCAAACAUCCGGAUGGCACAACAAAAUCAAAACCAACAGAAAUUGCGACGGUCUUUGAAGAAUUCUACGAACAACUAUACAACCACACACCAGACGGGAACUCCCAACAUGGACAAGAGGAGAAGCAUAUUUUAAAUUAUUUAGACGGCUUAAGUAUGACCAAAUUGAAUGGAGAGGUAGCGAGUAGCCUAGCGGCAGAAAUCAGCGAAGACGAGGUUGACAGAGCCAUAUCGAGUUUGAAGGGUAACAAAACACCAGGGCCAGAUGGAUUCAAUGGGACGUACUACAAGACCUUCAGAGAGGAGCUCACACGCCAACUG